CACUGCGAUGCGGGAGGAAGAGAUCCGCCAUUUUAGAGCAGACACAUACACACUCGAGUCACAAAUCAUAUAAUGGUGUGUAAGAUUUUCUAAAAGAACAGGGAAUUAAUAGAGUUAUUGAGAACAAAUCUAGAGAGAGAGAGAGAGAGGACAGAGGACAGAGGAGGGCCUUCAAAGUGUGUUUAAUCCACGGGGGCUGAAGAUGUCUGCCGACAGGAGAGAUGAGAAAGAUGGGGAACUGAAUGUGUUGGAAGACAUUUUGACUGAUGCUCCUGACCAGGACGAUGAGCUCUACAACCCUGAAAGUGAACACGAUAUUAAUGAGAAAAAAGGGUCUAAAAGAAAGCAUGAACGAGGAGACGGCCAGGAUUCAAAGCGGCUCAGAGCAUCAGGACACACUACCAGACAGCCAUUAAAGAGAGCUGCCCCUUCUUCUGGCUCAAAAAAGACAAGCAAUCUCAGAGGGAGACAUGCACCGGAAGACCUCUAUGAAGACAGAAAGAACCAUGCUGGAAGAAGUGGUGCAUCUCGGGCUGAUUUACCUAAAGGAUAUGGUGAAAAAGGUCUGUCCCGCAGCAGAGACUCCCAGAGACGGAUCAAGCCCCUACUGCCUGAGUUAACAGAGAAGAUGCGGAGGACUAGUGAGGACAGUACAGGCAGAGCAAGUCACUCCUCCAGAGAGGAAGAGGCUCAUUCAGAAGAAUAUGCAACUGGAAGCUCUGUGGCUUCCUCUGAGGGCAACUGCUCGGAUGUCGAAGAGGAAGGAGCCAUGCAGGAGGAAGGGGAAGAGAAGGAAGAAGAAGAGGAAGAGGAGGAGGAGGAAGAAGAGGAAGGAGAUGAUGAAGAGGAGGAAUAUGAACUGGAGGAGGAGGACCCACGGGAGGGAAAUGAACAGAAUGACUAUGAUACUCGCAGUGAGGCCAGUGAUUCCCAGUCUGAGUCUGUGACCUUCUCGGAGGGAGAGUCUGUGCAUUCAGCCUCGGGCUCAGAGGCGUCAGAUGAGGAAAGCAAAGCCAAGAAGCACGCUAGAGGGAUAUCACCAAUCGUUUUUGAUAGAAGUGGAAGUUCAGCUUCAGAAUCCUAUACAGGGUCUGAAAAGAAACAUGAAAAACUGUCCUCUUCUGUCAGAGCUGUGAGGAAGGAUCAAACCAGCAAGCUGAAGUAUAUCCUGAGAGAGGCCAGGUUUUUUCUAAUUAAGAGCAACAAUCAUGAGAAUGUUUCCCUCGCUAAAGCAAAGGGUGUUUGGUCCACUUUGCCCGUCAACGAGAAAAAACUCAAUGCAGCUUUUCGCUCUGCUCGAAGUGUUGUGCUAAUCUUUUCAGUUAGGGAGAGUGGAAAGUUUCAAGGUUUUGCUCGGCUCUCGUCUGAAUCUCAUCAUGGAGGUUCUCCCAUACACUGGGUUCUACCCGCAGGCAUGAAUGCCAAGAUGCUUGGAGGAGUCUUCAAGAUUGACUGGAUUUGCAGGCGGGAAUUACCUUUCACAAAAACGGCUCACCUCUCCAACCCAUGGAAUGAGCACAAGCCUGUGAAGAUUGGACGUGAUGGACAGGAGAUCGAACUAGACUGCGGGACACAGCUGUGCAUGCUCUUCCCACCUGAUGAGAGCAUUGACUUGUAUCAAGUCAUUCACAAAAUGCGCCACAAGAGGAGGAUGCACUCAGAGCCUCGAUCUCGGGGCCGACUACCCCACAGAGAGCCCGUCCCUCGGGACAUGGGAAGGCGUCGUCCAGAGGAAUAUGACAUGCACAACCGGAAGCGGCCCAGGAUUGAUUACACGCCAGAAUUCCCCCAGAGACCAGGUUUCAUGCAAGACCCUCGCAAUCCACCUGUGGACAGGCGCUUCUCUGGUGUUAGGAGAGAUGUGUUUCUCAACGGAUCCUACAAUGACUAUAUGAGAGAAUUCCACCACAACAUUGGGCCUCCACCACCAUGGCAAGGAAUGGCCCCAUACCCUGGAAUGGAACAUCCUCCCCAGCACCCGUACUACCAGCAUCAUCAUCCUCCUCCACCCCAGGCCCACCCUCCUUACUCCGGACACCAUCCCAUGCCCCACGAUGCCCGCUUCAGGGAAAAGAGGGUCGUUCGCUCUUUCGCCUCCAGUUUGCAUGACUACGACAUGCGAGUGGAUGAUUUCCUGAGACGAACGCAGGCGGUGGUGAGUGGACGUAGGAGCCGACCACGAGAGCGUGACCGACAGAGAGAGCGCGACCGGCCACGGGACGGGCGUCGUGACAGAGAACGAGAGCGUGGCAGAGAACGGGACCGUGAAAGAGAGCGAAUUCGAGACCGUGAGAGGGAGAAGGAGAGGGGAAGAUACCGGAGAUAGGGGAAAUUGUUUUAAACCUAUUUUUUCCAUUUUUUUUUUUUUUUCCCCACUUUUCAUUUUGUAGAUAUUGUUAGAUAUCUUUUUCUUUUCUUUUUUUUUAAUACAGUUGAAGUUCAUCAUAAAGCUGAACUGAAUCUUUCUGGGCAUUUUUUUUUUUUUUUAAGAAAAAAUGUUUUCUCAUUCUCAUGCCGUUAUUAGCAUCAUGCAUGCAGUGCAUUUAAAAUUUAACUGUGAAAACCAAAAAGCAUUUUUACCCUCAAUUCUUUUAUGUUCUAUUUUUAAUCAUUGGUUCUGUAGCUGGUCCUGCAAUUGUUGAGAAUGAGUUGCUUUUCCUUGUGUAUGUUUUUUUCUCUUUCUCUCCCCCUCACUUUCAGAUUGUGAGCCAGACUGUGCGUUCCGUAUAUGGCUGUUGCAGUUUUUAGGUGUUUGCUAACUCUGCGCUUGUCUUUGUGAUUUCUGUUGUACAUUUAAAUAAGAUCAUAGGUGCCAGUAUUCCAAGGCACUGCUAAACAUGACUGUUGUAUCAAGUAUGUUUCCAUAACCUUUGUCUGCAGCCAGGCUUGUUUUUCUAGAGUUUUGAUUGAGACGUGGGUAAAUAUUCCCAUAUUUGCUUCUUGUCCAGUAAAAGGAUAAAUGUCAUGAAGGUUUGUAAAUUGACUUAAGCCAUUUGUUGUCGGAGUAUCUGUUGGAUACGUUUUGUACAAAACAAAAAAUAAAAGAAAAUGAAUUGCU